AUGGCUUCCGAAACCUUGUCACUCUUUCCAUCGUCUGUGUGUUCAAUUCCUCCAAAGUCAUGUCUGAGACAAGCUGAAGAGAUCCAUGCGAGGCGCAAUACACCUUCACCCGUGCUCACAUCGAAGCCAUACCCUGCUGGAAAGCUACGAGGUCUGGCAUUGCAGCUUACGCCUCAGGUCAACAAGUCGGCCUCUGUGCAAUCACCAGACUCAAAUCCCAGACCGUCUUUUUCCAGCCCUGUAUCGGCUCUCUCCACCGAGAACAGUCUGAAAGACUCCUUCCCACUUUCGGUCACACCUGCAAGUAGCAAGAAAAGGCCUGCUGUGGCCAUCAGAAAGAUGUCCAUCGACACUACCUCCAGCGACACCCGCUCUGACUUCUCUGGUCCCACACUGGUCCGUAGCAACAGUGGAUCUUCAGCACAGCCCAAACUAGCGUCACCUCCUAUCAAGUCCAUAUUUCCGGAGUAUGAUCCGAGCUUGCCACUGUCACAGCAGCGCUACUAUCCUACGGAGACUCUACCUCGACCGAGUCUUGAACGGCGUGCGGAUUAUCACCAAACUGCCCUAGCGGACAUCCCAUCACCUACAUCGCCUGUACCAGCAGCAGGACUCUCACAACUGCAGGCCUUAUGGAACGCUGCCAGUGGUCAAAAUGGCGUGUUUCACUCGGAGAAUAUCAAGUUGAUAAUGCACCGAGACGAAAUUGGUGCCAGCUCAAAAGCAACAGAGCUACGGUUCGGGUCUCGAGAAGGUCGCACGUUGUAUUCUGUCUCUGCAUCGGAUGCCUCAAGUGAGCUUGCAUUUCGCCGGCAUCACCCUGCCAGGACCGGAAUCGUACCUGUCGCUCAGAUUGACAUUGCGACUCUGGAGAAAGAUUCGAAGAACGAGACGAUUGUGUUCCCACAGCAAGCAGCACUAGCAGCACUAGAGGCUGCAGCUACAACACACAGAGCCAAUACCAUUGCACAGUACGAUCCUCGAGCAUCAUCGCCUCAAGCCGCACAGCUAGCAUUCGACGCUGUGGCUGAAGCCAAAGCGCAUGAGUCUUGUCAGCUCAUUCUCAUCCCACAAGGCGUCAACGGAUACGGUAUUGAAGAGCACAGUUACGAAUUACGACAUCCGCGAGCUGGAGUUUUCAUCAUCUCCGUCGACGGCAUCUUUGACUUUACGAAGCAGAGCAAUGCGCGAAUUACACUGUAUCAGCCAACCAAUCCAGAGAAGUCGUUGUCAAAGCCGUCCAAGCUCGUUUGCUUUGACCUAGGUACAGGAACCUUGGAUAUCGACGUCGCUUCAUUCAGGAGAUUACACAGCAGGUACAUGAUUGACAGUGCGAUUUGCGCUGUUCUUGCUAUCGCCUUUGCAGAGAGCAGAUUGGCCGAGGCGAAAGCCAAAUCAGAGACCUUCGCAGGGCCUCCUCUGACGACGAAGAAGGAUGUUGAACUCUCGAAGAGGGCGAAAGGAAGCCGCUGGCGGCGAUCACUGGGUAAGAAGAAGAGUAAGCAAGAGAAAAUCGAGACAGAGAAACUUCCAGGCUUGACUCGAGGAAUAUUGUAUCUGCUUGGCUUCUCGUUUGAGGCGAUUGUGUGGUUGCUAGGGUUGGGAGUCAAGGUGUUGAGCAAAGUGAUUCUUUGUGCCAGUGGGACUGUUAGCAAGAAGUAA